UUUUCGUGGGAUAAACAAAAUCGGGAUUAGCGCGCUAGGCGAGAACCUUGAGGACCAGCCUCUUUCAUCGUCAAGAGCGGGGGACUUCAAGACAAGGGUUCUGUAAAUGGCCUAGAAUAUGGUGCUCCACUUUAAAAAGUGACUGUUGACGUAUCAGACCCAUUGAAAUUCCCAUUACAUACCUCAGUAGUGCGUAGGUCUACCCGUCUCCCAUCUCCGUUGGUCGCAUGAGACUUGACUUGCAUCAGUUUUCUAUCCCCCUACAUACUAUAUUAACUAAACUCGGCGCAAACUCUUGUCUCGGUGAUAACCUUUGCGCCACCACUAUUUCUUCUUUUCACUUCCUCUUCUCUUCAAAUUCUCUUUUAUCUUGUCUAACUUUAAUCCCGUCGCAACCAGAUUAACAUCCCGGAGGAAGAGAUGGCAUCUAUCGACGACUUGCCGGACGAGAUCGUCCACCAUAUCCUUCUUUACGUAUCACCGGAGGAAACUUUAACUAAGAUCGCAUUGCUUUCCAAGCGAUUCAACCGAGUCGCACAUGAACCUCUCCUAUGGAGGUUUUAUUGUGAGCACAGUUUUAAGUACUGGCAAUCGAGUCAUCACUUCAAAGACAGACUCAGAGGUAAUUUACGCGAUACCGACUGGCGAGGCCUCUUCCUCCAGCGACUCGGCCGUAAUGCUCGCAUUGCGCGCCUUGUCGACGGCAUCGUCGAAUCUCGUGUCCUUCGCUUGCAGAAGAUAGAGGAGAUCUGCCAGUACGGGUACGAUGCGAAAGACUUUCUCCUGACUCAGUGUCGGGUUCCCGAUACGGUAGAUGACGUUUUGGCGCGAAGAUACUAUUCUUGCUCCGCCCUCGACAGUAUACAUCGAAGUCUCGCGAUAGAAGAAUGGGCCAAGUACCAGAAGUACGCAGCACGUCGUAUCGAUGAAGAUACCCCGAAUAGCGAAAGAUUAAACUGCGGCAUGCGCCUUGAGCGCGCACUCGGCGCCUUUGAUAUGUUUAUGCUCCAUGAUAACGAGGGUGAUUUGGACGAGAUAACUGAGCUGUUGGACGAUAUCACUGCACGAUUCCGCAGUACUCAGGCACACCUCAAUGAGAUGACAACUCGACAAAAAGCCAUCGCAUUAGCCCGGUGGCUUCAUUCAAACAAUAUGACAGGUUUAAAUGAUCCGACUGAGCAAACAUACCGUUAUCUUCGCAAUUGUCUGAUCGGUAGAGCUCUUCGAGACGAGCAUCAUCCGUCGCUACCAAUCAUAUCCGCCGCGAUCUACUCCGCUAUAGCAUCGCGACUUGGGAUGGAAUCCUACCCCUGUGCAUUGCCCAACCACGUCCACGCCACCGUGCUAUCGCCGCCAGGCAUUUCGUUGGACGGGUAUCGUCUCCCGCUUGACCAGUCGGAACAUCAGGAGAAAAUGUUCCUCGACCCCUACGGAUCAGACGAGGAAGUUCCUCUGGAUUACAUACACCACUUCCUAUCCCGACUCGGCAUCCACACCAACCACGAGAACCUUCUGAACCCUACAGCCACGGACUUGAUCGUCAUGCGCACGGCGCAAAACAUCCGCGCCUCUUUCACCAGCUUCCGCACUAACGAGCGCCCGCUCUCGCAGCUGAUCCCGAUGAUCGAACUCAACCGCGGCGACUGGGCUCGCAACCUGCAGCCGGCGCUGUACAGCAUGAUAUGGGCUAGUAUCAUGAUGGUGCCCGUGCUGCCGGAGAACGACGAGAUCCGCUGGGACUGGCAGCAGGACGUCGGCGACUUACGGACUUACUUCUACGAGUACUUCCCCGAGGACUCUUGGCUCGUCGAGAAGUACGUGUGUCCCAUGUACGACGUCUUCGCCGCGCCGCCGCGCAGACAGCAGACCGAAGGGGAACUUCCCUCGAAGCGGGUGCGUGACCAGAUCCGCGAGAUCAGACGCGUGGAUGCGUCGAGGAAACCGCCGAGGCGCAGGAGCGCGCUGGCCGACGGGACCAAGGUUAAGUAUCGCGUCGGCCAGGUUUUCAAACAUAAGCGCUAUGAGUACCAUGGGAUUAUCCUCGGGUGGACGGUCGAGGGCGCGUCGACUUGGGACGAUAAUCCCCUUUCGCCGAGCCAGAGGCCUUGGUCGACGUAUAGUCAGCCGUUUUAUCGAUGCAUGGUCGGCACGGAUGGCUCGGAUCACCACGUUAUCGCCGAGGAGAACAUCGAAGUGGUCAAGCUGCGCGGCGGCCCGGAGGUUCUACCCCUGGAGAUCAAGGACCUAAUGCCCAUGGCCGGCAAGUUCUUCAAGCGAUGGGAUGCCGAGAACGGCGUCUUCGUUAGUAAUCUGAGGGAGAUGUUCCCCGAGGACUAAGCUAAGGAGCGGCCUCUUCUUCCUCAAUCGCGUUUAUAUCGUUUAUUCCCCUUGUAAUAACCUACUACCUACCUACGUUUAUUCUAUUUGCUCCUGUACACUACCUACACUUACUCCAUCAUAAGAGAUGGCCUUUUUAAUGACUUCUACGACACUCUCCGCUAUGGUUACGGUUAUGUUUUCUCCUAGUCUUUACCUAAUUGCUUCACUUUUACCUAUAAUUACUCUACGCUUUGGACCUUUUUUCGGGCCCUUCGUUUGACUUGGUGUCUUCGAGAGCUUUAGCUGGGCUGAUGGGGACGUCGGUAUGAAUCGAUGUAGUAUAUGACUUUUAAUUAAUAGUUCCUUCAACGAAUAUUAUACACCACUUUCUGAUAUUCGAAUUUGCGUUAUGGAUUUAAUGUUUUUCAGCUGUGUGCACUGUUGGAUGCUAAAUUGAUUGGUAAACUUGGCGUUACUUGAUCACCUCCUGCUUAAACUCUUGUUUACGUGUGUAAACCUGGU